AUGUCGUCUACAGACAAUGACGUCUACCAGACUCCCCUCAACUCGCGCUACUCCAGUGCUGAGAUGAAAUACAUAUUCUCACCGCGCAACAGAUUCUCAACAUGGAGAAGGCUAUGGCUAUGGCUUGCCGAGUCAGAACGCGAAUUAGGUCUGGAAAUCUCCGAAGAGGCUAUCCAGCAGAUGCGGGAGCACGUCGUGAUCAAGGAUGAGGAAUUCCCAAUUGCUGCGGAAGAAGAGAAGAAGCGUCGUCAUGAUGUGAUGGCUCACGUUCACACCUUCGGUCUCGCCGCGCCGGCAGCUGCUGGUAUCAUGCAUUGGGGAGCUACUUCUUGCUAUUGCACAGACAACGCAGAUCUGAUAUUCUUGAGGGACGGCCUGCGACUCCUCCUCCCAAAGCUUGCAGUCGUGAUAAAGAAACUUUCUGAUUUUGCAGCGCAUAACAAGGACCUCGCAUGCUUAGGUUACACGCACGGCCAGCCCGCUCAACUCACGACAGUGGGCAAGAGGGCGUGUCUAUGGAUACAAGACCUCUUGAUGGAUCUCCGAAACCUCGAACGCGCCCAUGACGACCUAAGGUUCCGCGGCGUGAAAGGCACUACAGGGACUCAAGCUAGCUUUCUUGCGAUCUUCGAUGGCGACCACGACAAGGUCGAGCAGCUUGAUGAGCUUGUGACCAAAAAGGCUGGAUUCGCCUCAGCAUAUACUAUCUGCUCGCAAACCUACUCUAGAAAGAUUGACGUUGAGGUCGCGAACGCGCUGGGCGACUUUGGCACCACCUGCCAACGGAUAGGCUCAGAUGUCCGGCAUCUGGCCAUGCUGAAGGAGUUGGAGGAACCGUUUGAGAAGGAUCAGAUCGGAUCGUCAGCGAUGGCGUACAAACGAAACCCCAUGCGGAGCGAGCGGCUAUGCAGCCUUGGCCGGCACCUGACUACUCUCCCGCUGGGUGCUGCCGGGACAUAUGCUUCGCAGUGGUUCGAGCGGACGUUGGAUGACAGCGCGAUUCGCAGGAUUACACUGCCUGAGCUGUUCCUGACGGCAGACGCGUGCUUGAUUCUUCUGAACAACAUCUCCUCAGGCUUCGUCGUCUACCCGGCUGUGAUCGCAAAGCGGGUCAAGGAGGAGCUGCCUUUCAUGGCAACCGAGAACAUCAUCAUGCGGAUAGUGUCUAAAGGAGGCAGUAGACAGGAAGCGCACGAACAGAUACGGGUUCUGAGUCACCAGGCCGGGGCAGAGGUCAAACAACAUGGCCGAGCCAACGACCUCAUUGAGAGGAUACGCAGAGAGGACUUCUUCAAGUCGAUUAUCGGCGAACUGGAGGAGCUUCUGGAUCCCAAAUACUUCGUAGGCAGGGCGCCGCAACAGGUGGAGAAGUUUGUGGGAGAGGGAGGUGAAGUCGCUAUAGCCUUAGAGAAGUACCGCGCUGAGGUCAAGGAUGCGAAGAGCGUGGACCUGCAUGUUUGA